CUCUGCGUGUUUCCCAUUCUUGUAAUUCUAAGAGGCGAGAUUUUUACCUCAAGACAAUCAGAGCCGAAGAAUGUGAAAGAAAAUUGUCAAGAAUUUGCCCAGAUAGCGAGUAAAGCAUACCAAAGAUUCCAGAAGCGCUUUUAUUUGAUCGACAUUACUACACAAAUUCUUUGAGUGCUUGUGUACUGCGCUACAAGAGUGUGACCCUCAGAACACAUAGUGACAAGCGUGUAUUUGAAAUACCAGACUGCCAACACAUAUCAACCAGGACUUCAAGUUCCAGUGCAAUUCUGCCAACAACUUCCCCUCGCUAUUAUUUAAUAUGGAUCCUUUCAAAGCCACUAUGGAGCCUAUUGCAGGCACACAGCCCAAGGAUAUGAUGGGAGCCACACCCACUAACAUGGACGGACAAGUCGGAGCAGCGGCCAAUCAGCAGGCUGGAGAGGGUGUGGACGAGACAGGCAACGAUGCUGAGGGGGUGUGGUCUCCCGAUAUAGAGCAGGCGUUUCAAGAAGCCCUAGCAAUAUACCCGCCAUGUGGUCGCAGGAAAAUCAUCCUAUCAGACGAAGGCAAGAUGUAUGGACGUAACGAGCUCAUUGCACGCUACAUCAAGCUAAGAACUGGCAAGCAGAGAACUCGAAAACAAGUCUCCAGUCAUAUUCAAGUACUGGCUCGGAAGAAGUCUCGUGAGAUCCAGGGCAAGAUAAAAGUCUACAAUCAGGACCAGGCGGCCCGAGACAAGGCUCUAGCCGGCCUCUCUGCUAUGUCCUCUGCUCAGAUUGUCUCCGCCUCCAUACUACAAAACACUGCGUCAUCACGUAUGUUUGGCACUCCAGGUAUAGCAGGCAAUGCAGUGCCCAUGCAUACCAUGCUCAGCCCCCCGGUGGGGGCACCCAACUCUAACCCUGUCGUUGUCAAACAUGAACUACUCAACCCAGCAGCUAUGAUAUGGAACCCUCAAGCUGGUGGUGGUCAUUUUGGCAUCCCUAACUCCAUGGCUAGUCACCCAGAGCAACAGUUCGCCCCCCCUCACCUAGUGGAGCAGCCCACACCUCCCAACAUACCACCCCCUAAUCUCCCUCUUAAGAUGGUCGAGUUUGUUGCAUUCGUUGACAAAACAAAGAGUGAAACAGACCCUGACAAGAAGCAUGAGUUUGUCAACAUUGACGCCAGCACAAGCUUCAUGGACCCAGGGAUGGAGGCAGUGGAUAUUCGCCACAUUCAGGACAAGUUCCCAGAGAAGAAUGGCGGCCUCAAGGACUUGUAUGAUAAGGGACCCCAGGAUCGCUUCUUCCUCGUCAAGUUCUGGGCUGACCUGAACACAGUGUUGUUGGACGAGACCAGUGCAUUCUAUGGUGUGACCAGUCAGUACGAGUGCAGUGAGAACAUGACCAUCUCGUGUUCAACAAAGGUCUGCUCAUUUGGAAAACAAGUCGUCGAGAAGGUCGAGACGGAGUACUCUCGAUUUGACAAUGGACGGUUUGUGUUUCGUAUCAACCGCUCGCCCAUGUGUGACUACAUGGUGAGCUUCAUCCAUCGCCUCAAGCACUUGCCAGAGAAGUACAUGAUGAACAGCGUACUAGAGAACUUCACCAUUCUACAGGUGGUGACCAAUCGUGACACUCAAGACACGCUACUCUGUCUGGCGUACGUCUUUGAGGUCGUAACCAAUGACGACGGACCCAAGCAUAGAGUGUACAGACUUAUCAAGGAGAACUAGCUGCACAUGCCCACACACUUGUAGACGCGAACUUUGCCCUCUGGCAACAUUUUAUGUUUAUUGUCUGUUUAAAGAAAGUAUCUUUUCCGCUCCUGAUUUAACACACACACACGUUGUAGAUUUUUAUUGUAGUUCAGAUCACCAUUAAUUACACGAUCAUUUCCUGUAACCAUUGAUAUUAAAAGUAUAAUCUUUUAAUAACUCGA